AUGUCGCUCAUCCGGCCCUUCUCCGCCCUCGACCUCUUCGACUUCAACGCCAUCAACCUCGACGUCUGGACCGAGACGUACGGCGUGAGCUACUACCUCAGCUACCUGAUGCACUGGGGUGACUUGUUCUCGGUGGUCGAGUCGGCUGGUGGACAGGCAAAGUGCAGAGGAAUCGGCUUGCAAGGCGCCGCAGGACGGGGAAGCGGGAGUAAGACGGCCGGAGGGUUCGGAGGAGGAGAGGGAGGGGGACUGAUGGGUUACGUGAUGGGCAAGACUGAGGGUCGAGGACGGGAUUGGCAUGGACACGUAUCGGCUAUUACCGUCUCGCCGCAACACCGACGACUAGGUCUCGCGAGCAUGAUGAUGGACUUGCUCGAAAAGGUCUCGGAGCGACAAGAAGGCUGGUUCGUCGACCUCUUCGUCCGACAAUCGAACAACCUCGCAAUAGGUCUCUACGAAUCGCUGGGCUACAUGAUCUAUCGGAGAGUGCAGGCGUACUACGGAGGCGGGCCGGGCGAGAAGGACGAGGAUGCAUACGACAUGCGGAAACCGUUGCCGCGGGAUACGGACAAGCUCUCGAUACAGCUACCGCGCGGCGCGAAGGACGGGCGAGACGUCGUAGUACAACCAGAAGACAUCGUCUUCUGA